GGGCCACAGAAACGUUACUUAGGGCCACAGAAUUGUUACUCAGGGACAGACACAGAAUUGUUACUGAGGGACACAGAAUUGUUACUGAGGGCCACAGAACCGUUACUGAGGGCCACAGAAUUGUUACUCAGGGACACAGAAUUGUUACUGAGGGCCACAGAACCGUUACUUAGGGCCACAGAAUUGUUACUCAGGGACAGACACAGAAUUGUUACUCAGGGACACAGAAUUGUUACUGAGGGACAGACACAGAAUUGUUACUGAGGGGCCACAGAAUUGUUACUGAGGGCCACAGAAUUGUUACUUAGGGCCACAGAAACGUUACUCAGGGACACAGAAUUGUUACUGAGGGCCACAGAACAGAAUUGUUACAGGGCCACAGAAUUGUUACUCAGGGACAGACACAGAAUUGUUUACUGAGGGA